ACAUAAACUCCCUAGAAAUCUCAAACAAGUCAAAAUCGCAAUUACCCCAUCCAAGUUCCGUGGAAUAAAACACCACGAGACCGAAAACAGAGCAAAACAGAGCAAGGUAGCAACAGCAGCACAAACAUGGUAGCAAAACCAACCAUGUCUCUCACGUGCUACGCACAUGUUACAAUCUUCCUCUGUGCUCUAACCCUAUCAACUGCGUUACACAGAAGCUCUUUCAACCAUGAAAACUUGAUUCAAGAUGUGGCUAGAAAACUCGAGCUCAAAGACAAUGAGCUUCUGAAAACAGAGAAGAAGUUCAAAGUUUUCAUUGAAGAUUACUCGAAACGGUAUUCUACAAGGGAAGAGUAUCUACUACGGCUUGGAAUUUUCGCUAAGAACUUAGUGAGAGCCGCGGAGCACCAAGUGCUUGAUCCAACUGCCAUUCACGGUGUUACUCAGUUUUCUGAUCUCUCUGAGGAGGAGUUUGAGCGUUUCUAUACUGGUGUUAAGGGUGGUUUUCCAUCGAGUAAUGGUGUUGGUGGAGGGGUAGCGCCGCCGUUGGAUGUGGAAGGUCUGCCGGAGAAUUUUGAUUGGAGGGAGAAAGGGGCUGUUACCGGAGUCAAGAUGCAGGGUAAAUGUGGAUCUUGCUGGGCUUUCAGCACGACAGGAUCUGUAGAAGGAGCCAAUUUUCUUGCCACCGGCAAGCUGGUCAGUCUUAGUGAACAACAGCUUGUGGACUGUGACAACAAGUGUGACAUAACAGAGAAGACAGCAUGUGACAAUGGUUGUAAUGGAGGUCUAAUGACAAAUGCCUAUAAUUAUUUGAUUGAGGCUGGUGGAUUGGAAGAGGAAACUACAUACCCUUACACAGGUGAUCGAGGUGAAUGCAAGUUUGAUCCAAACAAAAUAGAAGUUAAAAUCGCCAAUUUCACCAAUAUCCCUGUGGAUGAGAACCAAAUUGCUGCUUAUUUAGUUAAUCAUGGUCCACUUGCAAUGGGGGUAAAUGCGGUUUUCAUGCAAACAUACAUUGGUGGUGUCUCAUGUCCUCUUAUAUGUAGCAAGAGAAUGUUGAACCAUGGUGUAUUGCUAGUGGGAUAUAAUGCACACGGUUUCUCGAUUCUCAGGCUUAGGAAGAAACCAUAUUGGAUCAUCAAGAAUUCAUGGGGGGAACAAUGGGGAGAAAAAGGGUAUUACAAGCUCUGUAGAGGGCAUGGUAUGUGUGGAAUGAACACAAUGGUUUCUGCUGCAAUGGUGGCUCAAACACAACCAACUACAAACAAAUCCUAUGCUUCCUAUUAGCUACCUAGUUCUGUUUUUGCCUUGCUAUGGAGACAGAAAAUGUGUGAACUAUUUGCUACAAGUUCUUAUUAUAGCUAGCAAAAUAGUUCCUAUUAGUGAUGUAUGUAAAAGACUUCACCAAAUUGUAAUAAGUUUGUAUCUUCUAGUUUAGUUUAAAAUUCCUCUUGAGAAAGAACACUUAAAUAUGUAUUGUAGUGUG